GAUGAGUGUAGCAGUGUACCGUGCCUAAACGGUGGUGCCUGUAUGGAUGCUGUCAAUAGUUACUCAUGUUCUUGCGCGUCUGGCUUCGAGGGAAUACACUGUGAGACUAAUAUUAAUGAAUGUAGCAGCAACCCGUGUCAGCAUGGUGGUACCUGUUCGGAUGGUGUCAAUUUGUAUUCAUGUGCAUGCCCAUUACCUUACUAUGGAACGAGCUGUCAGGAUGUGGGCGUGAGGCUCGCAGGUAGUUCCAGUGCUAACGAGGGACGAGUGGAAAUAUUAUACUCCGGAAGCUGGGGGACGGUAUGUGAUGAUGGCUUUGCAGAUGUCAGUGCUGGCGUAGUAUGCCGGAUGUUGGGAUACAAUAGUGGUAGCGCUUUCUGCUGUGCUUACUUUGGCCAAGGUACUGGAAGCAUCGUCCUCGAUGACGUGGUUUGCGGUGGAUUCGAAACCAACAUUUUUGAUUGCCCAAAGUCUCUCACGCAUAAUUGUGGCCACGGUGAGGAUGUAUCCGUAGUAUGUGUUUAGAUUCAGGUGUUGGAAUGUUUCACACAUUCUUGCAUAAUAAAAGCUUUGAUCCAACCAUACAAACUCUUAACAUGGACCUUCAAGAGCAAGAGGGCAUAUUUUAAGCAAUCACUUUGCAGACGCUUUCUAUAACGCAGAAAAUUUUCUGUCAAAAG